CUACGGAUGUGUCUUCCAUAGUGAAAAACGAGUCAUUUCUUUUAUUUUCUGCUCGCUCCUCCUCAGCCUGAUUCUCUUGCGCCCGGCCACGCUUGGGCCAAAAAUAGACCCUCGGUUGGCUGGUUGUGGGACCUCGCAGCCUUAUUCUGGUGUUAGUGCAUACACCUGGAUCACCCAUUUUCCGUUCUUUUUCUUUUUCAGGCUAGACGCUAUGGGCAAAUACGAAUGGUCUGAGGACGAGGCUGCCUAUCCGUAGAGGUCUAUAUAGGGAGCUAGUCCAUCCCUCAAUCCUCCCGAGAUGCCCUCUGCCUAGUAUACCCAACACUCGCUCUUUUUCACCAAGAUGCUUUACAAGUCCCUCGUUCUGGCUCUCGCAGCCUCUGGCGUCGCCAAUGCACAGACAUUCAGCGACUGCAACCCUGCCAAGGGAGAUAAGUGCCCUCCCAAGCCCGCCGUAGGCAAGAAUGCCUUUACUUGCGACUUCACAAAGGGCAAGUGUGGCCAAAUGAAGCCGCUUGAAGGCACAAGCGAACAAUACACCGCCGACGGCGCCAAGCUAUCCCUCAAGACGGACAAGGAGGGGCCUACCCUGCGCAGCAACGACUACAUCUUCUUCGGCCACGUCGAUGUAACGAUGCGUGCGGCUCCCGGUUCCGGCAUCGUGUCCGGCAUGGUCCUGCAGUCUGACGACCUCGACGAGAUUGACUUUGAGUGGAUUGGCAGGGACAACGGCCACGUCCAGAGCAACUGGUUCCAUUUCGGCGCCGGCCCUGAUGAAAAGUACGACCGUGGCCAAACCGACGCCGUCUCCGAUGUCACUGGUACUUUCCACACUUACUCCUUCGACUGGACCCCCGAGCGUCUGCAGUGGCUGGUGGACGGCAAGCCUGUCCGCACCGUUACUGUGGCUGACGCAAAGGGCAAGUUCCCUACAUCUCCGUGCUACCUCCGCGUCGGUGUAUUCGGCGCCGGUAACAAAAACGCCAACCCGGGCGUCAGGGAAUGGGCUGGCGAUGUCGACAUGUCCAAGGCGCCUUUCGAUCUCUACAUCAAGAGCGUCAAGGUCAUUGACUAUGCCGGUGGCUCUACCGCUGCCAUCAAGGACGUCAAGAGUUACUCGUACGGCGACAGCUCAGGCAGCGCCGAGUCCAUCCAGUUCCACCCCGAGGGCUCUGGCAACACCGGCAGCAAGGGAGGAGAUGCCCCCAAGGGCGACUCUUCCAGCGCCGUGUCGUCGUCAGUUGCUCUCAAGGAGACUGCCUCCUCCAAGCCCAGUGCCUCGGUUACCCUGAUCUCGACUACCAUGAAGACAAGCACUGCCUCCAAGUCUUCUUCUGAUGCUACCCAGACAUUGGCUACCGACUCUGCUGCGGCUUCCAAGACUUCGGGCGCCCCUGCUGCCACCUCUAGCAAGGCCAGCGGCGCUGUCGCCAACACUGCCGCCGCUAGCUCCAUGGCGCUCGUGGCUGCUGGUGUGUUUGCUUGGCUUGCUCUGUAAUUAGAAGGCACGAUGAUAGAUACUGCACGGCGUUUUGUCUGCAGAAAAAAGCAUGAUUCAUGUAAAUUAGACUAAUACCACUAUUAAUAUGAC